UUCUUCUAAUUCGAAGGUUACAUCAUCGAGUACGACGUCCCCUCUUCCUCACUCCUCCAACUGCUUUCGUCGCCUUCGAUCGCGGUGCCAGAUCCUAAAAAUCAAGGCUCCUCCAUGCUCUGCGCGCAUCGCCGGCCUCCUCGCGGAAAGAUAGGAUCUUACGAGUCGGCUUGAUGCUUUUUUGGCCUGGUAGAUCGGAAUGGGACUGUUGGAAUCAAUAUUGGGCAAGGAUGGGAGGAGGCUCAUGAAGCGCAAAGACAGUGACGCUGGGCAGCAAGGUCGAGCAUUGGAGGAGCUACGGGGUACUUUAUACAGUGAUAUUCAUACUUCGGAAGGUGCAAAGCGCCAGCAGCAAAAGUUAUGUGGUCCAUUUGUGGCAUUGACCUUCAAUUUCAUUGUGGCUGUUGGAAUAAUCAUGGCCAACAAAGUGGUCAUGGGCAAGGUUGGAUUCAAUUUUCCAAUCGCCCUAUCUUUGAUCCACUAUGUAACUUCUUGGUUGCUCAUGGCUAUCUUCAAAGCACUAUCACUGUUGCCUGCUUCGCCGCCUUCUAAAUCUACACCAUUUUCUUCUUUAUUUGUCCUGGGUGCAGUGAUGGCUAUGGCCACUGGACUUGCUAACGUUAGCCUACAACAUAAUAGUGUGGGUUUCUAUCAAAUGGCUAAGAUAGCUGUGACCCCGACAAUUGUUCUUGCUGAGUUUAUGAUUCUUAGCAAGAGGGUGACGCUUCAAAAGGUUAUCACACUGACUAUUGUAUCAAUCGGUGUGGCUGUUGCAACAGUUACUGAUCUGCAAUUUAAUUUUUUUGGCGCUUGUGUUGCAUUGGCAUGGAUUGUGCCUAGUGCUAUAAAUAAAAUUCUAUGGUCAAAUUUGCAACAAACAGGCAACUGGACUGCACUCGCGUUAAUGUGGAAGACAAGCCCAAUUACCAUAUUCUUCUUUGUGGUUUUAAUGCCGCUGCUAGAUCCUCCAGGUGUAUUAUCCUUUAACUGGACUUGGAACAAUGCAUCUACCAUCAUCAUAUCAGCGUUAUUUGGGUUUCUUCUCCAGUGGUCUGGUGCUUUGGCACUUGGUGCAACAUCUGCAAUCUCUCACGUUGUUCUUGGUCAGUUCAAGACUUGCGUAAUCAUGCUGGGUGGAUAUGUGUUCUUCAACUCCGACCCUGGAAUGGUUAGUCUCAGCGGAGCAGUUGUUGCUUUGUGUGGGAUGUCAUUCUACACUUUCCUCAACUUGCAGGGAUCGAAAGAGUCAUCAGCAGUGACAAAACCACUACUUUCAAAGCAGAAUUCGAUUGCUGCAAAGCCCAAAACAAUCAUCGAAGAGGAUGAAAUGGAAAAGAUGGAUUCUGUUUGACUGAGCAACUCGGUGCAGACGACUAAGUCGCUACUUUUGAAGCAGAAUUUCCCAUUGAAGAGGACGAAGUGCAAAAAGCAAAAAUAUAUUCUGUUUCAACAGACAAAUCCGUGGACUGGUCUUGUUGUUCCUUCGAUUAACCUUUUUAACCUUUGUUUGUCUGUUCAUUUUCUCCGAAAAAGGAUACAUGUUUUUUUUUUCCCCUUUGUUUUAGUUUUAACUUUUAACAAGCAGAGCAUACUGUUGCUGCUGAAAGCUGUAAGUGUGUGUGUAUAUAUAUAUAUCUGAAAAAGUGUUCAAACCAAUUUUUUCAAAA